AUGACUGUCGAAGUAGCGCUUAACACGCCGUUGGCCGACGCUCUCAACGCCGCGAUCCAGCCGAAGCUGGUAGAGGCAGGAUGGGGGAACGGCGACGGCAAUGAGGCAUCGCUUGCCGAGCUGAUCAUCCUGAUGCUUGCCAAUGGAAAUCAGGAGGAACAAAUCGCCGCAGAGCUCGCAGGCGAUCUGCUAGGAUUAUCGCCAGAGGACUCCAGCGCACGCGACUUCGCCAGAUGGCUGUUUGAGCAGAUCGACUCAAUCAAUGGGCAGUUGAAUGGAACUUCCCAGGCGGGCAAAGACCAGGCCGAUGAAAGUUAUUCUGGAGAAAUGGAUACCGAUAUGGGUUCCAAUGAUGCCACCGGAUUGAAUGCUCCCACAGGACCACGAUCUAUGCGAAACGGGAACACCAGAGGCGGAAGAGACAGGCGCAUGAUGGGGAACAACGCCAGACCCAACGACAGAACGGCAGACUCAGGCCUCCACCGUGUUCGUAGACAAACCGGCAACGAGCGCAUCAACACACACACUCGCGGCGGCGCGCAGGCAGGUCCGCGAAAUGGGCAAGGCCGGUUCCCCCGAAACAACAAUCGGGCAGCAACAGUCCAGCGCGGUCUGGAUAACUGGGGCAACCCGGAUUUCAAUAUGAUGGGCCAACCCGACUUCAACAUGUUAGCCAACCAGGACUUUGGCAGCAUGCCUCCUCAGUUAUCCGAAUUCUUGAAACAACAAAGUCAAUUCAUGAAAAAUAUGACCGAGCAAUAUAAUAACACAUUCCAAAAUGGGUCUUAUGGACAGGGCAAGCCGUUGUCUGAUCGCGUACAAUAUCCCAACAAGAAAAACCAACACCAACGGAGAGCUUUCGGGCAGAAGCAGGAUGGGGCAAACGGCGAACCCUCUGGCGAGGGGGAAGAUGUGGACAUGUCUGGCAACAAGCGGGAACCGGCAAACCCCGAAGAGAGUGUAUGCAAGUACAACCUCAACUGCUCCAACAGGGAGUGCAAGUUUGCCCACCAGUCCCCAGCCGCGCCUCAUGGUGCACCUGUAGACGUCAACGACGUCUGCACGUUUGGUGCUGCAUGCAAGAACCGCAAGUGUGUGGCUCGGCACCCGUCACCUGCGACAAAGCUCGCCCACCAGAGCGAACAAGACUGCAAAUUCUUCCCAAACUGCCAGAACCCAAGGUGCCCGUUCAAGCAUCCAUCGAUGCCACUCUGCCGAAACGGCGCAGACUGCACCACGCCGGGUUGCAAAUUCACGCACGUCAAGACGAAGUGCAGAUUCAACCCUUGCUUGAACCCCAACUGUGCCUUUGCGCACGAGGAGGGUCAGCAGGGAGGAUUCAAAGAUAAGGUCUGGGUUGCAGACUCGGCGAAGGAGCAUGUCAGCGAAAGGAAAUUUGUAGAUGGCGACGAGAACACGGAGUUUGUCAAACCCGAAGACGAGGGCUUCCCAGAAAGCAGUAAGGAGGAGCUGGAUGCGGAUGUCAUCGUCUGA